AUGACCUCAAAUUUUGAUGCAUGCCACUGCAAAUUCUUUAAAUUAACAGAGUAUCAGCUAGCAAGACCCUCUGAUGCAAACAGAAAAGAGAUGCUGUUUGGGAGUCUUGCCAGGCCUGGACAUCCUAUGAAGAAAUUUUUUUGGGGUAAUGCGGAUACACUCAAACAUGGGCCUAAAAUGAAUAAUAUCGAUACCUACACCAGACUGAGGGACUUCUGGCAGCGCCAUUACUCUGCUCACUAUAUGACUUUAGUUGUCCAAUCUAAAGAAACACUGGAUACAUUGGAAAAGUGGGUGACAGAAAUCUUCUCUGAGAUCCCAAAUAAUGGUUUACCCAAACCCAGCUUUGGCCAUCUGACUCAGCCUUUUGACACACCAGAAUUUCACAAGCUUUACAGAGUUGUUCCAAUCAGGAAAGUUCAUUCAUUGAGUAUCACUUGGGCGCUUCCCCCACAGGAACAAUAUUACAGGGUGAAGCCUCUUCAUUAUAUUUCCUGGUUGGUGGGACAUGAAGGCAAAGGCAGUGUUCUUUCUUUCCUUAGGAAAAAAUUUUGGGCUCUUGCAUUAUAUGGAGGAAAUGGUGAGACAGGAUUUGAACAGAACUCCACUUACUCCAUCUUCAGCAUUUCUGUGACUUUGACUGAUGAAGGUUACAAGCACUUCUAUGAGGUGGCCCAUGUUGUAUUUCAGUAUGUGAAGAUGCUGCAGCAAAGAGGGCCAGAUAAAAGAAUAUGGGAAGAAAUACAGAAGAUUGAAGCUAAUGAAUUCCACUAUCAGGAACAGACAGAUCCAGUUGACUACGUGGAAAGCCUUUGUGAGAACAUGCAGUUGUUUCAGAAGGAGGAUUUUCUGACAGGAGACCAGCUCUUGUUUGAAUACAAGCCUGAGAUCAUUGCUGAUGCCCUUAACCAGCUCAGUCCUCAGAGAGCCAACCUCGUUUUGCUGUCUGCUGCCAAUGAAGGCCAGUGUCAUCUAAAAGAGAGGUGGUUUGGAACGCAAUACAGCGUGGAAGCUAUUGACAAGUACUGGAGUGAUUUAUGGGCUGGUGACUUUGAGCUAAAUCAGGAUUUACACCUUCCAGAAGAAAACAAAUACAUAGCCACUGACUUUGCUUUGAAAGUUGCUGACUGCCCUGAGACAGAAUAUCCAGUCAAAACACUAAGCACACAACAAGGCUGUCUCUGGUACAGGAAGGAUGAUAAAUUCAAAAUCCCAAAAGGUUAUGUUCGAUUCCAUCUGAUCUCUCCAUUGAUACAGCAGUCUGCAGAGAACAUAGUUUUGUUUGAUACAUUUGUAAACAUCCUUUCCCACAAUCUUGGUGAACCAGCUUAUGAAGCGGACGUCGCUCAGUUGGAAUACAAGCUAGUAGCUGGGGAGCAUGGCUUAGUCAUUCGAGUGAAAGGAUUCAAUCAUAAACUACCUCUUCUAUUUCAGCUCAUCAUUGAUUACUUGUCUGACUUCAGCUUUACUCCAGCAGUUUUUGAAAUGAUAACAGAGCAGCUGAAGAAAACGUACUUCAACAUCCUCAUCAAACCUGAGACUCUGGCCAAGGAUGUGCGUCUCCUGAUUUUAGAACACGGCAGGUGGUCCAUGAUAGAUAAAUACCAGACGCUGAUGAACGGCCUUUCCAUUGAGUCUCUCUCAUCCUUUGUUAAGGCUUUCAAAUCACAGCUCUUUGUAGAGGGUCUCGUACAAGGAAACUUCACAAGCAGAGAAGCAAAGGAUUUUCUGAAUUAUGUUGUUCAAAAGCUCCAGUUCGCUCCUCUGGCCCAUCCCUGCCCUGUUCAGUUCCGGGUGGUGGAUUUGCCAAAUGUGCAUCUGCUCUGUAAGGUGAAAACUCUCAACAAAGGUGAUGCCAACUCUGAAGUGACAGUCUAUUACCAGUCAGGUGCCAGGAACCUAAGGGAAUAUACCCUUAUGGAGCUGCUUGUGAUGCACAUGGAGGAACCUUGCUUUGACUUCCUGAGAACCAAGCAGACCCUUGGCUACCAUGUGUACCCUACCUGCAGGAAUACUUCUGGGAUUCUUGGCUUCUCGGUCACAGUAGCAACCCAGGCAACUAAAUACAAUUCUGAAUUGGUUGACAAGAAAAUAGAGGAGUUUCUUUCUUGCUUUGAAGAGAAAAUCAGGCAUUUAACUGAAGAUGCUUUUAGCACCCAGGUUACAGCUUUGAUAAAACUUAAAGAAUGUGAAGACUCCCAUCUUGGAGAAGAAGUAGACAGGAACUGGAAUGAAGUUGUGACACAGCAGUAUCUCUUUGACAGGCUUGCCCGCGAGAUUGAAGCUCUGAAGUCUGUUACAAAAUCAGACCUGGUCACCUGGUUCCAAGCUCACAGAAGCAACAAGAAGAAAGUGCUCAGCGUACACGUGGUUGGACAUGGAAAAUAUGAAGGGGACUCAGAGGUUACAGCUGUCUCAGAAGUACAGAAUUCUUCAUCUGGAGAAAUACCUCAUCUUAUUUUCUUGCCCCCAUCUUCUUUGAUGACUAAUGUUACUUCCAUCAAGGACAUCAAAGCUUACACAUCAACUCUGAAUGUUCUUCCUUACCAUAAAAUAUUAAAAUAAAAUUGACAUCGUGCCCGGCA